GGAUACUGUGGUGGUCAGGUGCCGCAGAGGGCUGUGAAAGUGGCUCUUAUGUAUGUAAACCUCGUCUAUUUUAAGUAUUUCAGCUGUGGUUGAAAAUCCAUCUUGCAUUUGAACUCAUGCGCUUCCAUGUCACCGUUGUAAGAGACAAGAUUUUUCAACCCAUAAUGGAUGGUAGUAUUCACAGGUACAAAUUGUCCAGAGGACGGUAGGCUGGUUAAUUUUGGAAAUGAAAUAGAUCCCGCUGAAACUAAAGAGGAACCCUCAAUUGAAUGGCCAGCAGACCCAAAUUUGAAUUAUGCUCUUGUAUUUAUUGAUCCUGACGCUCCAAGCAAGGCGUUACCAACCAUGCGAGAAUGGCAACACUGGCUUGUGGUCAACAUACCCGGAAAUGAUAUCACGUCCGGAAAAGUGCUUACUGAAUAUGAAGGGGCGUCACCUCCAAAUGGCACAGGUCCUCAUCGCUACGUUUUUGUUGUUUAUCAGCAGCCGAGGGAAAAUAUGACGUUUGACGAACCUACGAUCAUGAAAGGAUCUGAACAGUAUCGCGCCAUAUUUUGUACCAAAAGCUUUGCUGAUGAAAACAAAUUGGGAAAGCCCAUUGCAGUAAACUUCUUUCAGUCAGAGGUCCCAAAAAGAGAGGAAGAUUUAAGUCUAAUCGAUUCCAUUAAUUAAUUGAUUAUGAUGGUUGGGGGAAGAGAGAAAUUGGAAUGGAAUUCGAGCACUUGAAUAAGGAACCAAGCAUUCGGGAACACGACGCAAGGAGACAGAUCGCAACACCUUCAUUUCGUAUUGGUGACCUUAAAAAUGUUAUGUAAUUUUAUUCGUUUUUACGUACACAAGAGAAGUUUUUGUUCUAGUCACAACACACUCCAACAUCUGACAUUGAUAUAAUUAAAAUUAUAAAUUCUCGAGAUGUGUCGGGUGAGUCUA